CGUAGAAGCACUAAAGUUGCCGAGUCCUUCCGUGUUUCAGACGUGGCGCCGGAGCUCAUUCAGCAGCCAGCCUCAUUCACAGCUCUGGCUUUCAUACUCAUCUUUCAGACGCUUUGCUUGAACAAUGUGGAGGAAGGCUGCUGUAGUGGCAUUACUGGCCUUUGCACUAGGAUACGUCUAUCACACAAACCCUCAGGUUCAGGAGCGCGCGUUGCAGCUCAUCACCCAGUCCAUCCCUCAGUCACUGUUCUCCUCACAGCAUGAACAUAGUACUACAAACUUGGAAGAAAACAUCUCCCGAGCCUGGGACAGCCUCAUCACUGCACCGGCAAGGCAGUGGGGUCGAAUAGCAGUCGGGGUAAAUGCCUGUAUUGACGUAGUGGUGUCAGGCGUCAGCUUGCUCCAGGCUUUGGCGCUUGACCCAGGAUCCGGUCAAGACCAUGAUGUGUUGCACUCCAAAGAGGACCUAAAAGAGACCUUCAUUCACUACAUGGAAAAAGGAGCAGCUGCAGAACGUUUCUUCUCGGAUAAAGAAGUCUUCCAAAGGAUCGCAAGAGCUGCUGCUGAAUAUCCUGGUGCUCAGGUGUAUGUGGGAGGAAAUGCUGCUCUGAUUGGCCAGAAACUUGCCUCUUACCCAGAGCUGGUGGUUCUAUUGUGUGGCCCAAUUGGGCCAAAGCUGCAUGAAUUGCUGGAUGAACAGAUAGUAGUUCCACCACAAUCACUUCAGGAGACUGAUGAGUUUCACCUCAUCUUUGAGUACAAGGCAGGGGAGCAAUGGGGAUCGAGCCAGGCCCCUCAAGCUAAUCGCUUCAUCUUCUCUCACGAUGUGUCUAAUGGGGAGAUGAGCACUUUGGAGACCUUUGUGGCCAGCCUGGAGGAGUUCCAGCCCGGACUGGUGGUGCUGUCAGGACUCCACAUGAUGGAGGGAAUGGGUCGAGAUCUCUGGGAGGACCGAAUCAAAGAGUUUGCUGUUGCCAUGUCCGAUGUUCACAAUGAGGCACCCAUCCAUCUGGAGCUGGCCAGUAUGACUGAUCGAGAUUACAUGAGCAUCAUCACGAAGGAGCAGGUCCUGCCCAUGGUGAACUCGAUCGGACUGAAUGAGCAGGAGCUGCUCUUCCUGUCUCAGGCUGGCGGAGGUCCUCACUCUGAUCUCCGCUCGUGGAACGGCAUUCCUGAUGUGGGCCGCGUCUCUGAUAUCCUCCUCUGGAUCCUGGAGCAGCACGGCCGAGCCGACCCGGACUCUGAAGCCCAUCUGACACGCAUCCACUUCCACACUUUGGCUUAUCAUGUGCUGGCCACGGUGGACGGCCACUGGGGGAACCAGCGCGGAGCCGUAGCGGCCGGGGCUCGUGUCGCCAGCUCUCAGGCGUGCGGAUUACAAGCUGUGGACGUCAGUAAGGUGGAGCUCAAGGCUCCGCUUAGCUUCUACAGCUCUUUCACAGAACCAAAAGAGAGCUUAGUUUUGGACCCGUCCAAUCCGGUGACGGUGUGGAGAAGGGGGACAGUGUCCUUCCAUCUCAGUCCAGUACUCAUAUGCAAGCAGCCACUGAGGACAGUAGGGCUGGGGGAUGCAAUCUCAGCUGAGGGACUCAUCUACUCUGAGAUUGUUCCCCACUCUGACUAAAAGUGAACUGAGGGCCAAUAACAAUGUCUUAAAAACAUUUCCUUACUCUCGAUCCUCUCUACAGUGCCUGCUAAGCAUCUAACCAGCUGGAUAGAUGUUCCUGUAGGUGCUCCUCCAUUCCCUUAUACCUUAAUGUGAAAAGUGACAAAUGGAGGAAGAGAGGAUGUUUUUCAUGGGUACAGGAAUGAGACUUUAACCUCACUUUUUCUUGUACAAACUCAGUGCAUAGUCUUAAUCCGUUUGGUGAGUACUGUACUUCGUCUUACUUGAGACCGUAUUAUUGCACUGAGUAGAAAAUGCUGUUAUUAUUAUUAUUAUUUUCCUCCACACUCCAUGGCUCCAUUGACUACUAUGACAGAGAUCUACUUAUGAGCAAGGAGCAGAGUCCCUGAGCUGCUACAAAAUAAAAAUGGCUUGAGAAUCCCGCAGGCCCCCAAUGAAAUCAAAUGCCUUAACCAAAACCAGAAACUAAGCAAAACUGUCAUGCUUAAGUGGUUAUACAUUUGCCGCUUAACUGCUUUCUGCCCUCAGAAAGAGAAAAACCCAAACUAUCCCAUCCUUUUCUCCUUCCUCGACAUGUUUAACUUGAGCACAGUCUUCUGGCUUAACGAAUCUAAUACUGGUAGUUAAAACUAACAAAUUCUUAAAUACGGCAAAAGUAUAACCAGCUUCAUGAAGGAGCUUCACCCAGAAGGCUUUUCCCGAAGUGACCAAGAGUCUUCUCCUAAAAUGUACCUAUUUGGGGAAACAAUAUAAUUUUAAAUAAAGUCUACUUAUAAUAAUACAUGUUGAUGCUAAAAUGUAUGGGCACUAACUCCACUAUAUACAACUGUCUUAGAUAUUUUAGCUGUAAGCUUUUAUCCGAAUGUCUUUAAAACAAUUAUAAAAGAUAUAUAUAUCUAUAUAUAUUCAAUCCAACUUGUCUAAACUUUCGACUGGUAGUAUAGGUCAAAACUAUUUUAGGUUAGUGAAAUUGUGUAUUGUAACUUGCACCCAGUUGGAAGGCAAUACACAAGCUUCUAGAAAUGGCAGAUCUUAGUGUUCUGCUUCGUAGAACAUUUGUAAGAAAACCAGCACCCACUUCCUCCUCAGCAUGUUUUAGAUCAUUUUACUCACUUAAGUCAAGAAAUCCUGCCUCUUCUGCUGAAUGGUUCAAAAUAAGGAAAAUAAGGGAACAUUUCCUACUUGUUUAGUCAUGUCCUGUACUCUUCCUAUUUUUAUAGAGCAUAAAUCAAGCCAUGUCUGUACGUACAUAGUGUUGAAAUGAUUCAGUAUCUUGGUUCAAGUUUUGAGAUUGUUAGGGGGAAAAAAAAGUCCGGCGAUCAGCAACUGACUGCUUUUAUGCAUGAUGAGACUUGAAAAGUUUUGUGAUUUCACACAAUUCUUGACUAAUAAGAAAGCCAGCCUCUCUCUCCUGAUGUAAAAUGGUAUAUUGUGGGCCAGCUGUCAGAAGUGAAUGAUGGGGCAAUGUACGAGGAUGGUCGAUUUAGUUCAGUGCUGGACGGUUCACCAGUCUGUUGAUGACGAUGAGCGACCCUGAUAUAGCCCAUAAAACCAAUUAGAGGCCAUUAAGCUGCUACUGUAAGUGGUGCUCAUUGUUUCUCAUUGGACUGAUGACUGCUAAAAGCUGCACAUAUCAUUGCAUUAUGAAAGUCAACCAGAUGUCAUGCAAAUAUUCUUCUUUAUGUUACCAGGCUUUGUUACAAUUCUUUCUAUGCUCUGUUUCUGUAGUUAACAUACUGGAAUAAUGUCAUAUUUAACUUUCUUUCUGUCUUUUGUAAUGUAUUUUGAUUUUUUUUUUUUUGUUUCUUUAAAAUGACUCCAUGUUAUUGUGGCAAUUAGAACAUUCGUUUCAGAACAGAGUUUGUACAAAUUAUGCAAAGUCUUAAGCAUUAAAUGGACGUUAAGAUAA